CUGUGUGCAAAGCAGCCAUUUAGCCUGGAAGAGCAGCACUCUGAGCUGCCUUCUCCGGAGCUGUUGUGUUCCUGCCCUGCUCUCCCCCAGGCACAUGCACAGCCUGUUAUUUGACUGAUUUAUGCAGUGAAGUGGCCAGACCAGGAGUUGUUUCAGCAGAGAAGAAUCUUAAACACAAGGUCCUUUUAAGGUCCUCAAGACGUGCACUCCAAACAGUAACCAGUUUUUUUUUGUUUUGUUUUUUUUUUUUUUAUGUGAGCAUUCUACUGGAGUUUUUGACCAGUGGAGAAGAGAUCCUUUUGCAGGAACUUGUUCCUAGUCACAAGUUUAAACCCAAAUGUGUUCAUUUGCCUGACUGUGCCUAUAUUGUCUCUUUUCUAGGUCUCUCUGUACAGUAGUGUGCAAGUGGACAUACACAUCAGAUAGAGGUUGGGAUGACAGUUUCUGGAAAAUGAUUGGUUUGGAAGAUUUGGAGAAGGAUAAGUAUGAAAAAAUAGGAAACCACGUCUUGUCUCCUGGAGAGGCUGUUGGGAAAGGUCUGACACCAGACGCUGCACAGGAUCUCGGUCUCCCCGAAGGGAUUGCAGUGGCAGCAUCUCUCAUUGAUGCACAUGCUGGAGGACUAGGAGUAAUUGGAGCAGAUGUGAAAGGACAUAACCUUCCAUGUGAGAACCAGCCGAUUACAUCCCGAGUCGCUAUGAUCUGUGGAACAUCUUCGUGCCACAUGGGGGUGAGUGAAACUCCCAUUUUUGUGCCUGGUGUUUGGGGACCGUAUUUCUCUGCGAUGGUACCUGGGUUGUGGUUGAGUGAGGGAGGCCAGAGUGCUACAGGAAAACUGAUUGAUCAUGUGGUGCGAGGCCACGUCGCCUUCCCAGAAUUAGAGGCAAAAGCUGCAGCCAGUGCUCACAAUAUAUAUACAUACUUGAACAGUCACCUGGAUCUGAUUAAGAAAUCUUUGCCUGUGGGUUUCCUCACUGUUGAUUUACAUGUUUGGCCAGAUUUCCAUGGUAACAGAUCUCCCUUAACAGAUCUGACACUAAAGGGCAUGGUUGUUGGACUAACAUUGUCUCGGGGUCUGGAUGAACUUGCCCUUAUCUACCUGGCCACGAUCCAAGCCAUUGCUCUGGGAACAAGACAUAUUUUGGAGGCGAUGCAGGCUGCAGGACAUGACAUCACCACGCUGUUCCUGUGUGGUGGGCUGAGCAAGAACCCUCUCUUUGUGCAGAUGCACGCUGACAUUACUGGCAAGCCUGUUGUGCUGUCCAAAGAAGUGGAGUCUGUUUUGGUGGGUGCUGCUAUUCUUGGAGCUUGUGCUUCUGGGGAUUUUGCAUCUAUCCAGGAGGCAAUGGCAAAAAUGGGGAAAAUUGGAAGAGUUGUGCAGCCCAACCACGAGCAUAAAAGAUUUUAUGACAAGAAAUACGAAGUAUUUUUGAAGCUUGUGGAACACCAGAGAGAGUAUCGUUCCAUCAUGAGCAGCUUGUGAUCCAGAGGCAUGGGAUCUG